AUGCCAGCUACAGAGACCAUGGGUACGCGAUCGAAGAGUAAGAUCAUCUCGGAGUCAGGAUAUGAGAUAAAGCUUCCUGCAAGCAUCUACACCUUGAACGGCACGAAACCUCGCGGGCUAGCUCACAUUGAAGAGCUUCUUGAUUCAGUGGGCCCAAUCAUCGAGGGUCUGAAACUAAUUGAAAACAACGCAAAAAUCAUGGAAUGUGAGUGCCUGCUUUCCAAGCUCGAGGAAGCAAUCUCAACAUACUCCGGCGAACUCAAUGCGCUUUCCCAGUGGAAUACGGACCGCCAGCGCGUGGACCGAGCAGCGGAUGAGCAUUGGCAACGUGUUGCUGCGCUGUUGAGCCCCCACCUAAAGCUGAAACGGGAGCUCAGAUUACAUAUAAAGAUUAUUGAGAAUGUGCUUGAGAAGCAGGGAGAGCACUUGGAUGUCCUGAAACACCUUUCAGGAGAUGUGGGCAUUCUGAAUAACCUCGGGGCAACACUCAGUUCUGUUCUAGGAAAUUUCAUCGGCGGCGGCGGCGACGACCAGGAAUUUCAAUGUUUUGCGUGCGGCAAAGGAUGCGCUUCAGAUGACGAUGAGAUGCUGACGGACAAGGAUGAUUCCUCUCCAUCGACCUCGGGGAAUAACGUUGCGAACAAUGAAGGAGAGCAAGAGAAGCCAGGCACGCCAGCGACCGAUGCUAACGCGUCAAGUAGUAAGAUCGUUACGCUCAAGCUUCAACAGCGGUCGGUUUCCUCAGAGGGGGAAGCAGGAUUACCUACUGACCAGACAGGCUGGAUUCAUUCAGAGACAGUUGACGAGAUGCAGACAAAGCUCACCAAUGGUAAACCCAUUCCUCCCAAGCCUCGGCAACCAUCACUUCGAAGGAUCAAGGGAUCUAUGUCUCUAAAUUUAUCAAUUCCUCGAAGUGCAUCUGUUCUUCGUGCAACAUCCAUCUCUCGACAGGAAUUGCCAGAGUAA